CAGCGCUGAGCAGAUCGAGCUAUAGCGCUUUGGAGCGCUUCGCUUUGCACAGUCGAGCGCACUGGGGAGGAACGAUAUAGUACGCUACAGUAGAAAGAUAGUGGGGGAGACGAGAGUAAACAACCAACUUGGACGCACACCUGCCAUCCUUAUCAAACCAUAACCUAUCGGCUGCCUUACAAGGUUAUCUUUGAGUCGCCUGCAGCGCAGAAAGAGGACUCAUAUUUUGAUAGAAAAUAAGCUACAUACCGCGCAGGAGGAUCAUAUCAAGCAAAGGAGCAGCCGUGAGAGAAGCACGAGAUACGGAGACAUGGCUGCGACAACCUGUACACGAUUCACGGACGAUUUUCAGCUAUAUGAAGAGCUGGGAAAGGGAGCCUUUUCAGUGGUGCGCAGAUGUGUCAAGCUGUGUACUGGACAGGAAUAUGCCGCCAAAAUAAUCAACACCAAAAAGCUAUCUGCAAGAGAUCACCAGAAGCUAGAGAGAGAGGCCCGUAUUUGUCGCCUGCUCAAGCACUCCAACAUCGUUCGUCUUCAUGACAGUAUAUCAGAGGAAGGCUUCCACUAUCUCCUAUUUGACUUGGUGACUGGAGGGGAGCUGUUCGAGGACAUCGUAGCCAGAGAGUACUACAGUGAGGCUGACGCCAGUCACUGUAUCACUCAGAUUCUAGACAGUGUUCAUCACAUUCACCAACAUGACAUAGUGCACAGGGACCUGAAGCCAGAGAAUCUGCUCCUGGCCAGCAAAUGCAAGAAUGCUGCCGUCAAGCUGGCUGACUUUGGCCUGGCCAUCGAGGUACAGGGGGAUCAGCAAGCCUGGUUUGGAUUUGCUGGCACACCGGGAUACCUGUCCCCUGAGGUACUGAGAAAGGAGGCAUAUGGCAAACCUGUGGACAUCUGGGCGUGCGGGGUGAUUCUGUAUAUCCUGCUGGUGGGCUACCCUCCCUUCUGGGACGAGGACCAGCACAAACUGUACCAACAGAUAAAAGCAGGGGCAUACGAUUUUCCCUCCCCAGAGUGGGACACGGUCACUCCAGAGGCUAAGAACCUGAUUAACCAGAUGUUGACCAUCAAUCCUGCCAAGAGGAUCACCGCUCAGGAGGCCCUCAAACACCCAUGGGUCUGCCAACGUUCUACAGUGGCAUCCAUGAUGCACAGACAAGAGACUGUGGAGUGCCUGAAGAAAUUCAACGCCAGGAGGAAACUCAAGGGGGCCGUUCUCACGGCUAUGCUGGUUUCACGGAACUUCUCUGUCGGCUGUCGCUCCACCGCUCCGAUCAGCAUCACUGCCGCAGCGGCAGCUGCAUCCGCGGCAGCGGGCACCACCACUGGGCUGGUGGAACAAGCAGCCAAAAGUUUGCUCAACAAGAAGGCAGAUGUCAAGAAACGUAAGUCCAGCUCCACUGUCCAGUACAUGCUAAAACCAUCACUUCUCUCAUCAUCAUCACCUGGUCAAACAACGAUCAAGCCCCAGACACCACAGACAAACAGCACCAAAAACAGCAUAGUCACCAGCCCUAAAGGAAACGUCCCUACUCCGGUUCUGGAGCCUCAGACCACUGUUAUCCAUAAUCCAGUGGAUGGGACUAAGGAAUCAUCUGACAGCAGCAACACUGUGGAGGACGAAGAUGUCAAAGGGAAGAGUAUAGACAGUUCAGUUAAGACCGAGUCCCAGCCUGACACCUCCGCCCCACAGCCCCAAGUCCACUCGCCCGCUGUGUACUCCACCAAGCUAUCAGACCUGUUUGGCGUAGUACGCAGGGCGUCAGGGCCCAUGUCUGAUGGGGAAGGGGGCACCAGCACACCUCCACCCCCUCCAGCCGCCCCCUCCGUCGCCGCCUCCCCACCCAUGGCACACACCCCUAUGCAGCUGUCCCGUCUUUCAGACCUAGUGGGCAAUGUUCGCCGGUCGUCUGCCCCAGCCCCUCCCCCCGCCACACCUGCACCCGCCGAGGUAGAGGUGGCACCAGCCCCCAGGCCCACUCCCCCCCCAUCACACCCCACCUCCCCUCCUCCCCCCAUGUCCCCCUACAGCCUCUCCCUCACCUCUCAGACACGCAAACAAGAGAUAAUCAAGAUCACUGAACAGCUGAUCGAGGCUGUGAACAAUGGAGACUUCGAGGCAUACGCUAAGAUCUGUGAUCCUGGUCUGACCUCCUUUGAACCUGAGGCCCUGGGCAACCUGGUGGAGGGAAUGGACUUCCACAGAUUCUACUUUGAAAACCUCCUGUCUAAGAACAGUAAGCCUAUCCACACCACAAUCCUGAACCCCCAUGUCCACCUCAUUGGAGAGGACGCUGCCUGCAUCGCCUACAUCCGCCUCACCCAAUUCGUUGACGGCCAGGGCCAUCCGCGCUCCAGCCAAUCAGAGGAGACUAGGGUAUGGCACCGCCGGGACUCCAAGUGGCAGAACGUCCACUUCCACUGCUCGGGUGCGCCCGCCGCACCACUCCAGUGAGGAGUAGAAUGCCAUAGUCACCUCUAACAAGAGUGCUCUGCUGGAGAGAGAGAGAGAUAGAGGGAGAGCAAGUCCAGUGUCGGGUGGCUCUGAGUCCGCAGUGCCAGACCCCUCCCAAACUAGAUACCCAGCAUGCAUCUCUUCUUUACGACUACCGCCCCGUCUGUCGCCACCCGCCACUGCACCCACUGACAACCAUCUCAACAACCAACCAACCAUCUGACAACAAUCUAUUGUUUUGACAACAACAGCAACAACCACAACAACAACCCCCUUCUCCCCCUCCCCCUCAACCUCAAACCAUAGACAACUCACGUUUUGCCCCUUUUCCCCAACCCCAACUCCUCCAACCCAACCACCGCCACACCUAUGGCCAAUAUUGGGCUGUGGGUAGGGAGUGUUUCGAGGGGUGUGUUGGGGGGUGUUGUGGUGUUUUCUUGGCCUCAGUGUGCAUUUGAUUCUUCCUCUUAUGUCACAUGAUGUCCCCUCUUCUUCCUCUUGUGAAUCUUCACUUGUGUUGCGUAACACUGCACAGGAAAUACAGUAUGUAAAGUUUUAAGUAAAAUCUAUUACUAUUAUGAUUAUGAUUAUUACACAAUUGAAAUUGUAUAUGUAAUUUGUAUAAUUCAAAUGAUUGAUGCCAGUGGUUUCUAGAGUUUGUUUUUUUCUCUAUCUUUUUAAGGAAGCAUGUUGUUUUUCAGUAUUCACAGUGGCUGUUUUUUAUUGUGGCUUUUAAGUGACAAAAUGGUAUUGGCAGUUUUUGUAUAAGCUUCUUGUAUUUAAUCUAUUAUAUUAUACUAGGCCAAAGCUCAUGUUUAAGAAAAUAACUUUUUGGGGGAGGUGUGUGUUUGAUGUGGUGUGGAGGAAGCGAGUGUGAAUGUUAGAAGUGUGUGCGUGUGUGCUUCUGUGCAUGCGUGUGCGUGUGUGUGUAUAUGUGUGUGUGGAACCUGGUAGAUGGGAGUGUAUUAGUCCAUAGGUGGCCGGUUGGAUCAACUGGUUAGAAUUUUCAGCGUUGUAAUGUGAAUAGCUGGAAAUGGGGUUGGCCUGAUUUGGUGUCUUCCGAUGUCCGGUCACAAUCAUUUUAACUGUACGAAACGAGAUUCAACAAUAACAGAGGUUUUUAUUGUAUUUCACAUUAAUCAUGUUUUUGCCUUUUUUGUCUUUAUUAUUAUUAACAUAUCUCAGAGGAUAGACCUACCGGUUCUCUCUUACUCUCUGGUGUUGGCCGUUGGUGUGUGGGAAGGCUUUGUGCUCCCCAGUGCUCCCGGUGGUUCGAUUAGAUAUUGCAGUAUCAUCACCCAACUUGACAAUAUACUGCACUGCACACUGCACUGCACUGCACACUGUACUGCACUGCACACACUGCAAAUGAGGCCUCUACAUGUACAGCCGCUAUAGAACAAGUGAAUAAACAAUAUCACAGCAAUAUUAUGCUAUAGUGUCCAUACAUAUCAGCUUCACUACUUAUCUUUCAACAUCUUAAAGCUGUUUUGCAGUCUCUUUAAAACAGUACAGUACCUAUAGCACCUCUCACAUCUCAUCUUUCUGUACAGGGGUGCUUUUUAGAACCUUUAGUGAGCGGGGAUGAAGCCUUACGCACUUAUAAAUCCAUACUGCGUCAUAAGGUGCUACCAUCCAUUCUCUCACACCUCACCUGAGCCAGUUGCACUCUGAUCCCAUAUAAAACCUGGAAACUGCAUCACUACUGAGGUCCUGCAUGGCAUAGAGCCGUGCCUAGGGCUCUAUGCCUGUUCAAUAUGUUUAGUGGGGGUUAAUGGAGAGCUAACAGGCAGGCUGUUGGACAACUACAGUAUGUCUGUCUGGACUGGCGAGAUGUGGGCCUGUGUUGUCUGCAGGUGGCAGGUGUUUUAGUUGCGAGGUCAUGUGCAUGCAUAUGUGUGUUUACUUUGCAUAAACCUUGUCCCUCUGUCCUGUGGUCUCUAGUUGGUGCUGCUCAUUUUAGAGUGGAGAGAUGUGACUGAGGUCUCACAAGGUAUCCAGAAGACUGUGUGUAUAAGGGGAGAGCUGCUGUGUUGGUUUUCCACAUGAUGGAGAUUUUAGAGGAGUGUGGAGAGAGAGAGAGAGAGAGAGAGAGAGAGAGAGAGAGAGAGAGAGAGAGAGAGAGAGAGAGAGAGAGAGAGAGAGAGAGAGAGAGAGAGAGAGGUUAGGAGAAGAAGGCUUUAUUUCAGAGGUCCUAUCAGUCCUCUGCCUUCAGUCCAGGACUUACUUUUCUUAUGAUUUAAUUAUCUUUUUAUGUAUAUUAUAUUUUCACAUUUGUAAUAUCAUCUUCAUUGAUUGUGUUACUAUUGCGUGUUAUUGACUAGUGUUACUAUUCAUUGUGUUUGUGCCAGGGAGAGAUGGACAGAUGGAUUUACAUGUUUUAGGAAGAGAUGGCUUCACACACCCAUGUAACUUAUCUGAAGAAAAGUCAGCUCUGGAUUGUUUGGUAAUGUUGCAGGCCCACUAUAUUACAGUUGCAUUUGAUCAACAAAUGGUUGCGUGUCACAUCAUGGACUGUGCAGUCGGGUAUCCAAUUGCUAUAAUAUAUUAUAGGAUUGGGUUAGCUGAUAUGUUAAAUACCUAUCCAGACGUUGUGAGAUCUGUCAGGUGUCUGCAACAUAUAGUCAGCCUGGAACUUGAUCAAAGUUUCAAAUUGUGGAUCUAAGUGAGUGUUUUUUUUUCCCGCCGUCCUACCAUAGUUGUUAUGCCUGCCUAUGAUUGGCUGCCUUCGGAAGUGUCUCAUCACUAUUGGCCAGACAAUUUUGACCGUCUCAUUGGACAGUCAGGCGGUCAGCCGGUUGGUUAGUCCUCAGGUUCAUAUUUAUUUGAUUAUUUAUUUAUUUAUUUUAUUGGACAGUUAUGUGCUUUUUCUUCAAUGUUUUCUUUUGUUUAUCCCUCGAUAUACGGUAAAUGUUCAAUUACUCUCUGUUGCAUUGUGAUUUAAAGGGAGGUUCCCUUCUAUGUCCCUAGAAGUGCUCCAGAGUGAUCAAGCUAACCAAACAUGUGACCCGACCUCUUCCCCCUCUCCAAAAAAAGAAGAAAAAGAAGCAUGUACAAAGAUGUUGUAUUAUGUUCUUCUUAGCUAUUAACUAGCAUCUUAGCUGUCAUUUCUUUGCAUGAUAGUCGACAGGACAUUAGUUCUGGUGUUAACCCUGAUUUGUCCUACUGAAUGCUGGUAUACUAAACCUUUCUCAAUCUAUUUUCUGAGCUUUUUAAGUGCAUAAAACUAUUUUUGUCUCGAGAUGACAUAACAAAGAUAGAUGAUCAUGAUAAGGCUGACUUUGAUAUUGAUGAUUAUGACAAGGAUGAUGAUGAUUCUACUGCAUGCCUUUAUAUAGAGCUCAAUGUUGUCAAUGCAGAGGAUCACCUCUAAACCAUAAGCAUCUCCAGUGACCCCUGCUCUACUGAACUUGCAUGUGGACUUGGGUGGAAAUCCUAGCUUCCGCUUAAGUACAUUUUUAACAUAGUAAUGCAUUGAUGUCAAUGGUAGACUAAGUAGAAAUUUGACUUACAGUGAAUGCAUAAUCUCAAAUUGCAACGGUCAAAUAAUGUAGUAGAUGGAGUAGGCCUAGAUGUGCUAAAAGAUGCCCUCUGGUGGUUAAAAUGAGCGUUAAAGGCAAACACUGCGACACAAUGAAUCCUACCACAGCAUACCACACGCUAUACUGCUGUAUUAAGCAACUUUUAAAUGAGGAACCACUGUAAGUGGAAGUUAGGAUUCACCCCUUUGAGAGGAACAGCACUCAAUACUUACUCAAAAAGGAUACAUAAAGAACACCUGCAGUUCCACUAUAACCCCACUAGAGAGCACUCUCACAUGUAAUAAAGCACAACUAGCCGAUAAGGGGGCAGAUUUGUCUAAAAUUGUAAAGGCUGGGGAUGCUGAAGUAACUUCCCAAUAAGCAAACUUUUAAGUAAUCGGUUCCAAUAGACUUUAGAGGGAAGAACACACUGGACUAUGUUUCUUUAGUUAAUUUUGGAAACAUUUGAAACAUAGGAAUACAAAGUGCAUCCAUCCAAUGACUAGACCACCUGCACUGACAACACUGAGCUAGUAUCUCUCGCUAGUAUUUCUUUCACUAUUUUCUUAGUCCCUCUGUUUACAAACCUUUGGGUCUUUAUAUUUUCCCUGGCUUUGUUUAUUUUUUGUCAGUUUGGGUUUCAUCUGUAGAAUAUAUUUAUCCUAUAUUU